AGCAGCAGAGACCACAGAGAGGACGAGUUAACCUACCGACCCGGCACUGAACACCGCAACAACAAAGCCAGCCAGCCAGCCAGCCUCCUGUACCACUACCAAACAUUACAGCCGUUUAACCACGUAAGCCUAAAAGAGCCCGAAACAUGGCUCAGAAGAUAAAUGAAGCCCAUGAGCACAUCGCCAAGGCUGAAAAAUACCUAAAGACAAGUUUUAUGAAGUGGAAGCCGGAUUAUGACAGCGCUGCGUCGGAAUAUGCGAAAGCAGCUGUUGCUUUCAAAAACGCCAAACAACUUGAAGAGGCGAAAGAUGCUUACCUGCAGGAGGCUGAGGCCCACACCAACAACAGAUCACUUUUCCAUGCUGCAAAAGCUCUCGAACAAGCGGGUAUGAUGCUGAAGGACAUGCAGAGGCUACCAGAGGCAGUUCAGUACAUAGAGAAAGCCAGUAUGAUGUAUGUAGAGAAUGGUACACCAGAUACUGCUGCCAUGGCUCUUGACAGAGCAGGAAAAUUGAUAGAACCCGUGGAUUUAUCCAAAGCAGUGGAUCUCUAUCAGAGAGCCGCAUCAGUGUUUGAGAAUGAGGAACGAUUGCGACAGGCUGUGGAGCUGCUUGGCAAAUCAUCCCGACUUCUUGUCAGACAAAAGAAGUUUGAUGAAGCAGCAGUGUCACUCCAGAAGGAGAAGAACAUGUAUAGAGACAUAGAAAAUUAUCCAACAUGUUUUAAGAAAACUAUUGCACAGGUGCUGGUCCACCUACACAGAGGAGAUUUUGUUGCAGCUGACAAGUGUGUUCGGGAGAGCUACAGUAUCCCAGGGUUCAGUGGGAGUGAGGACUGUGUUGCCUUGGAGCAGCUUUUACAGGGCUAUGACCAGCAAGACGAAGACCAGGUGUCCCUUGUGUGUAACUCACCGCUGUUCAGAUACAUGGACAAUGAUUAUGCUAAGCUGGCUCUCUCUUUGAGUGUGCCUGGAGGAGGAAAGAAGAAGAAGGCUGCUGUUGCUGCUCCUGGAGAUGGAGGAGUUAAUGGUGGGGCUGCUGGGCCUGAGGAAGAGGAGGAUGAUUAUGCAGGAGGACUCUGUUAAUUGCUUUGAUUGCUGACCCCAGACCAGUGUCCUUCCUCAGCCCCAGGAAGAUAUUUUCCAGUACUGUACAUCAGCUGUUGUAAACAUGUCUUUUUAUUUAUGCCUUUUUAUUUACCUUUAAAGCUAAGUCAAAAAUUGCCAGUGAUACUGAAGCCAUCCCAGAAUUAGCUCUGAGGGCAAAUGUAAUGGGUGUGGUGUGGAAGGACUGAACUGUCCUGUAGCAUUUAGCAUUGGUGUUAAUUGAAUGCCUCAGUCGCUACAGCAUAAAAAAACUAGCGUUCCAGGCAUUGCAAUACUUGAUUGAAGCUUUAAGGUUUUCAGUAUGGGGAUCUGGUUGUAGGUCAGCAAGGACGGCUUUUACUCUGCGCCUUUUUCCCCCACUUACUGGAGGGCACAUUCUCCAUUCCUUAGCAUGGCUGAACUGCCUUACCAAAUACUAGCACCGAACAUGGCCAUACCUAAUGCCUUCAGCCUAGGAACAUUUAGCCUAGGCAUAAGCAUGAUUUUGCUGUAUUUAGUCAUCACAGUGAUGAUUUUCAGUUGUCAUACACUUUUGACAUCAUUUUCCUGACUUAAAAUUGGCCAGGAAAGGUUGGUGUGGCUGUAAACAUAAUAAAUGAUUAAAGAAAUGAUCCUACAGGAUCAUAGUUUAAAGACAUAUUAUGCUGUUAUCUGGAUGUAAGUAUUCAUAAUGAUAUUAAACUAUGUAUCAUGUACACAUAUAUAGGAUCCAAACUGAAGUUCUGUUCUCUAUUUAAAAUGAGAUUCUUACGUAUACUUUAUAAUGGCACUGCUAUAGUGUUUGAAGAUGUUAUGCAGUUGUUACAGACUAAAUCCGAAGGCUCUUAUUUAAUGGGACCUGUAUUGUUGAUUUUGGUGAAAUGUGUGAGGAAGCUUGAUUUACAUCAAUUUGUCAUGAUUUCAUGAUUAUUAGAUUUAUUUAACCUUCUAAGCAAAUUGAAUGUGUACAAAGAUAUAAGACACAGUAAUUUGUCAUGUAUUCACUUUCAGGUGUAAAGAAGUUUCAAAUCUUAGUACUAGUUUACUUUAUACUUCAGAUACACCCGUGCCUGAAAAUUUAAAGUAGAAGUAGUGAAAGGAAAUGCAUGAAGUAUUAUUGCAAAAUAACCUAUUAAUUACAUUCAUAAUUUAUUUUGAAACCACAGGCUAUAUCAAAAACCUUCUUAAAUAGCUACAUGAUAUGCAAAAGUGCAUGAAAUGCCUUAACAUUACUGGCUGUACUCUGAUAUGCCUUCUGUAGUGUUUUUUUUUUUUUUUUUUUUUUUAAAUGCACAUUGAAAUUUCAGGGAACAAAUUCUAUUUGAAGUAGAUUUACAAGGACUUAAUUUGGUAGGAUUGGAGAAUGUUGAUUAAGAUGAAUAUUUUGUAAAUAUCUCUCAUGCUGUAUUUCCCAUGACCUGUGCUCUGUGAUGUAUGCACCCGAUGUUCCAUAAUGAAAAAAUUCUGUUCUUGUUAUAAGUUUCUGAAUUGCAUGCAGAUGGUCCAACAUGUAGCAGCUGUAAUCAAUAUAUCCACUAAAAGUUUGCAACACUUUCUUGGCCCUAACAAAAUUCUACCAUAAAACAAAAACCUUACCUAAAA